AAGCUCAAAGAGGUCUCAAGCUCUUGGAAAAAAUAUUUGAUCGCUUGCAUUAUACGUGACCGGAACAACAUGACGCACCAGUGUCCAGUUUGCCUGAAACACUUUGAAUUUGUCUCAAAACUUCGCCGUCAUCAGCUAACCCACUCUGGGCAGAGACCCUUCACUUGUUCCAUUUGCGACAAAGCCUUCCAGCAGUCUACGCACUUGAAGAGGCAUCUGGAGAGCCACGCAAAGCUGAGACCUAUUUCAGUCUCGGGUGCAGCUCAUUCACAGUUAUCAUUCACAAACUCUGAGGGCAGUUACGUACCUCAUGAUGUACCUCAUGUCGAGCCUCAGAUGAGCUUUUUUGAACAAACUGGGAUCCAGGAGGACUCAGAGCUGGUUGAUCAAAGUAUGUGGUAUAAUGACCUGCAAACACACAAUGAGACUGGAUGGAAGCAUGUUGAGGAAGACUGCCUGAAGGAGGAAAGGCUGGUUGAGCAGUCCAUAAGAGAUACUGCGCAUGCGCGCUCGGUAAUCCCGUCUUCACUGGAGCAAAAAUACAUUGAAGACAAAGUUGCAGACAAGGAGAUGUGUGACAUUGUCCAAUGGAAUUGUAGUGGAUUUGGUGACAUGGCAGAAAAAGAAAACGAGUACCAUCAAAAUAGCAGGUACUCUUGCGUUCAGCCUGAGCCAAGCCUUGAAAAACAAGAGCAGUCCAGUGUAAUUUAUGGUACUGAAGAUUCACAAACUGAUGUCAUGGUAUUAAACAGCUCUCAUGAACAGGCAUCGCUGGAGAUGAUUGAGAAGACACCAAAGAAGAACCAGUGUGCCACGUGCCUGAAGUGUUUUUCUGCACCUUCAAAACUUCAGCGGCAUGUUCUGAUUCAUACCAGCCAAAGGCCUUUUGGCUGCCAGUUGUGCCCCAAGGCUUUUCGGCAACUUGCCCACUUAAAAAUUCACUUGAUCACUCAUUUUUCACAGAGACAAACCAAGGCCAAACAUAAAUCCUGGAACAUUCCCAGUGGAAGUGUCACUCAAAGCCUGGAUCCACCACUGGGUCCCAGCAUAAAAACAUUUGUAGAUUCCUCAGAGGAACAGUGGGCAGAAGAAAAAAACAAGGACCCAUUGUUGGUAAAAAAGUCAAAGGAAAACAGCGUUGAUGUGGAGAUAUUUACUAAAGAUGUUAAAAAAGUGAAGGUGGACAUUGAAACCUUGGGUAGAAACAAAAUAAUGCAUGAAUGCCCAGUGUGCUUCAAGUGCUUCAGUGCUCCAUCCAAGCUAAGAAGGCACUGCCUCAUUCACACUGGCCAGAGACCCUUUCAGUGUUCUGUAUGCCACCGUUCUUUUAGGCAGUUAGCCCAUCUCAAAGCACAUUACAGCAUUCACACCGGCCCCAGGAAAAAGACUUCACUUCAGCUGCACAAAUUUGUCAACCAAUCUCAAGCUUCAAAGACUAGGGUAAGACGUUUUAUGGGCAGCGGCUUCAGCAGAAAAUUCAGAUCAACAAGGCUCACAACUGACAAAAAUAUUCUAGAAAGGGAUCCGAGUGGCGUCGGGUACAUUGCAGACAAAGCCAGCAGUAACACACAAGGUAAUUGGUGCACAGUAUGUUCAAAAAGCUUCAGUGCUCCAUCCAAACUCAGACGCCAUCUUCUGAUCCACACAGGGCAGAGGCCUUUCCAGUGCCUGGUAUGCUCCCGAGGUUUCACACAAAGAGCAAACUUAAAGGUUCACAGGUGUAGAGAAGAAAGCCAAGGAGCAUUCAGCUCAACAUCAAACAAGGUUCAUCGUCUGAAGAAACUGGACAAGCAGGAUGCUGCAAACGGUCAGCCAUCUUUCACCGUGCAAGAUAACACAGACUUUUUUAUUCCAACUAAUAGCUUCACAUCUUCGUCAAAAUGUGUCCCAGGAGAUGAUCGAGAGCUCCCACAGCGAGCCAGUGAAAAUGUGACGUUUGAAGUUGAAGCCACAGAAAACCAAACUAAAGAGUCGGGGCACCAGUGCACAAUAUGCCUAAAAAUGUUUAAUUUUCCUUCCAAACUCUCCAGGCAUCUUCUUAUUCAUAUGGACAUCAAGCCAUUCACUUGCACCAUCUGCAGCAAGUCCUUCAGACAACUCUGCCAUCUACAGAACCAUGAGAAGGUUCAUACAAAAGCCAAAAGGAAAAUUGCCUAUAAAGGGAGUCAGAAGCGCAGGGUUGUUGUGUCAAAGGCCUCAGUCGCUUCCAAAACUUCUGAAUUUUUGAAAAACAGCUGCAGUCAAGACUCAGGAAACCUUCCUUUGUUCCAGAAGCCAGAUCCCGACCGUGCACUCUUGGGAAACAGGGACAAUCAAAACCUGCAGCUGAGUAAACGUAAAUCUGCACCUUCUGCAGAGGAAUUAUCUGUGCCAUGCACAGCGUACAGUGACAGCACCAACUUUUUCAUUGACGUCAACAAAAGUUGUCAAACUCAAAGCACAGUGAUUCCUGCAAAGGCAGUGCAAAACACUUUGGGGCACAGAAAGCGGGAUGUGAAUCAGUGCACCUUCUGCUUGAAGACUUUUGAUUUUCCCUCAAAACUUUCCAGGCACCUGCGGAUUCAUACAGGUGUCAGACCUUAUCAGUGCCAGGUGUGUCAUAAGUCAUUCAAGCAGCUGAGUCAUCUACAGUGUCACCAGUGGGUCCACAAUAGAAAAGUUAAAAUUCUGGUCAAAAAGACUCUGGAGCGUGUUCAUCAAGAGAGGCCUAGAGACUUCCCCAUGGCACACCAAGGUGAAUGUGGGCCUUCCGGUUUAGAUCAUGAUGAUGGCAAGAUCAAGUCAGAGGUUCAUCUCCAAGGGGACAGAUCUGUUCAUCUUGCCCUCAAGCAUGAAGCAGGUACCUCAGUGAUUGGUGCUGAUGGUGUAUCCAGAAGUCUCGACUGGAAUGGUCUGGAUCAUACGGAGCUAAGUGAUCCCGGUCAAUUUGAGGAAGGACCAGAGAACAGGCCUCCACGGGAGGUCCACUAUUGUGUUCCUAAUGACUGUUCCAAUAGGUCUCCAACUGUCUCUGAUUGUUGCAGGCUUGGUUUCGGUCAUGAAGAACAGGAUCUGGCAGGGUUCAAAGGACCAAAGGAGGAAAGGGCUGAGGAAGGUUGUGAUAAACACCUCACUGAGCCACCAAAUGACCUCCCUAUUUGUCCGUCCUGCAGCCGGUGCUUUCCUACAGUAAAGAAACUUCAGGCACACAAAUGCCCAAUGCAGGGUCCUGAAGAGAGACUGCGGAAGUCCUACCAUUGUGCUGUUUGUUUCAAGACCUUUGAAGCUCCAUCCAAGCUGAAGAGACACUACGUGAUCCACACAGGCCAGAGGCCUUACCAGUGCACCCUGUGUAACAAAACAUUCACCCAGUCGGGUCAUCUAAAAACACACAUGUUCUCCCACAGAUAGCAAGAUAACGUCCUGCGCUGUCUCAAGCCUACAGUUCAUGAGAGGAACUUGUGGCAAAUGUGUCCUCUGCUGGGCUAUGAACACGUAACAUGAGCUGUGGACCUUUCAUGUCUUUUGAUACAAAUCUAGCAGUUAUAGUGCAAUUUAUUAUCUAGAUGAUCUAGUUAUUUAUUACCCUUUAAAAUGUAUCAUAUUUGCCUCAUUCACUGUUUGCUUUAAUGAUAUAUCAAAAUUGUAAUUCAAGCCUUUUAUGAUUUAACAUAUGAUUAGAAACAUUUGAAAUAUAAUGACUUGGAGAAUUUGUGAAGUUUCUGUGGAUGUUAAGUGACAAUAAAUUAAUGAACAGUGAAAAUCACACUUUGGAUCAAGUGAA